AUGACGCCAAGGGACGUUCUUCGCCGUCAUUUCCGAUCCUGUAAGCGGAUAGGUAGCAACCCGACUCCAUCGAAAGGGAAAAAGGGUAGAAAGCGGAAGGCAUGCGAUGCGUGUGUCGAGAGUCGUACCCAGUGCGAUGGAGAGCUUCCGUGCGAGACAUGCCUUCAGAGAGGAUUGAAGUGCACACUUAGCCGCAAGGGAGAGCAGAAUGGGAAGGCCAGGCACAACCAGGAUGAGCGGGAGAAACCAGAGGACUCAGAUAUCAAUAGAAUGCCAGUCCGCUUUCUCCUAAAUUAUACCAAUCCAGCAAGCAGGAGAUUAUAUGACGUUCAGCAGAUGCUCGUGGGGUGCGACAAAGACCAAGGGAAAUAUGCAUCGUUUGGGAAGGCCGAAAUGUGCAAUUUUGAUAGCACCACAGAGCAGUGGAUGGGGCUAUUCUACCUAUUUAUUGACACCGCAGCGUUGGAGAAGUCAGACCAUGAUGAGUCCCUUAUGUAUGGGCUUGCGGACACUGUCGAGCUGAGCCACACGGUAUCACGGAUUCUAGGACUGAUGAAGCACGCGCUCAAAUCACAGUUCAACAACAAAGGGCAGUUUACUAUGAAAGAGGCUGGAACGUUCUUCUCACCGACCAAUAUUACUUUAUUUAUCAAGGCCUUCUUUGAGCACUCAUACAAAAACACACGCUUCAUUCAUAAAGCAUCAUUCAACGUUCAUACAAGUUCAGCCCAGCUGCUAUUGGCUAUGGCUUUGAUGGGUGCGAUAUGUGUAUCAUCGCAGGAUGCAUCCAGUGCAGAAGGGUACUCCGAUGUAGCCGAGCAUCUCAUUUUCGAUGGAUCUGAAUUCGGUCAGGUCCUUAAUACAGACGACCCGUCCCUCACGAAAGCGAAUAUGGAAAUUCUGCAGGCAGCAAUGCUGAUAGCUGUCAUCCAGGAGUCGAGGGACGAUGCCACCAUCAAAAGGCGGAUUCGAGUUCAGCGGUUCCCGGCUCUGGUUUGCGCUGCACGGACGCUAAGACUGACGCAGACUACCAACGACGCUGUCGGCGAUACAGGGUCUUUUAAGCUGGACAGGUACUUUUAUAAAGAGAGUCUUGUGAGGGCCAUGGCGUGGCUUUACCUUAUGGACUCACAUUUAGUCAUAUACUAUCGAAACCCGCCACAAUUUAAGGUUGCUGAAGCUUGCUUUGGCUUACCACAAGAUGAGGAGCUUUACGAUACAAUGGAUCCUUCCAUAUGGGUAAAUGCGUCGCAAAAUGCAACCAGUCACGCGCCUACCAUCACUUUGAAGUCCGUUAUACAGCGGUUGAUGGAGAGAGACGAUACGCGAUUUGAGGAACUGCUCUCCCAACCAUGCACAUUAUUUGGUCUGUUUCUAGUUCUAGGGAGUCUACAUUGCAUGUUCUUCGACCUCCAAGCACUGGGCACCUGUGUUGAUUUAUCUGGUCCCUUUGGGUCCCUUGAUGUUGCCUUGGAUAGAUGGAAGAAAAUGUGGGAUGUAACAUAUACAACAGCGAGGCCUAGUGAUAUGAGGCAGUCAGGGUUCAUGGUGCACGCUCUCGAGCUUUGGUGGCUUGGAAAGAAGCUUAUUCAGAAACCAAGCACGAUAUGUCUGGACAGCGCGCUCUCUGUGAACUCCACGAGCAUCUUUCACCAGAUGAUCAGGGAAUUAAAAGGUUUUCACCCAUUACAAUGA